AUGGCCGUCUUCCUGGUCAACGUUUUACUGCAGAUCAGCAAUGUUCCUACUUUUGGGGAUAUUUGCCGAAUUCUUUGGUGCGGAAAUAGUGGUUCUACUAUUUCUACUGCUCACCCCGCACUUGAAGGCAGUUGGUGUGGAAAUGAAAAAUGGUGUCAUGCUGGUCAUUGUGGAGAGUGGCAUUCAGAAAUGGGAGCCUAUCCUGUUGUAACUGAUGGAAAUUGGUCAGAAUGGACAUCUUCCGAAAAACAGUGCCCUAUUACUCAAUGUCAAAUUACUGGAAGUAUUGCAAUAAUUAGUCAAAUGAGAACUUGUACAGCACCGGCUCCAAACAAUGGAGGAAAGCCUUGUACAGGCUCUAAUGUGAGAGGGAUUGUUUGUGGAGGAAUUGCCAAAUCGACAAUUUGUGAAGGCUUUACUAGACAGGAAUAUGGGGACAGACUUUGUACAGCUAUAGCACAUGACCAAAUAAGAGCUGACAGACAACUUAGCGGAACUAGCUUUUUGCAUGCAACACAGCCAUGUAAAAUCUGGUGUCAUGUUAGGGAUUCUGAAUUGAUACGAAAUAAAGGCCAAUUCCCAAAUGGCUCUCCCUGCGGUCCUGGCCAGCACUGUGUUGGGGGUGUUUGCCUUCAAUUAAAUUGUGAUGGACAUGGACUUGUUCAAGGCGCUGAAGAUUGUCCUGAUGAAGAAUCACUUCUUAGAUUAUCAUCGAAUGAACACAAAACGGUUGAACGCAAAAGGGAAUCAGUUAAAUGGGAACAAUGGGGACAAUGGUCUAUUUGUUCUUUGACAUGUAGACUUUCUGAGAAUAAUAACGGUGUUCAAGAACGGAGUAGAAAAUGCCGAUCCCCAACACAAACGGAAUGUAUAGGAAAAUCACUCGAAGUCCGUUCAUGCAACCCUUCUCCGCCUAUUUGUAAGCCUCAGCCAUCUUACUCCGACUGGUCAGGUGGGAAAAUUUAA